AUGCAGCACUGAUAGGCGGCACUGAUAGGUGACACUGAUUAUGGGUACUGAUAGACGGCACUGACUGGCAUCACUGCUGGGCACUGACUGGCACAACCCCUGGGCACUGACUGGUGGCACUGACUGGCACAACCCCUGGGCACUGACUGAUGGCACUGACUGGCAGCACUGCUGGGCUGCACUGGUGGGUGGGCACAGGUGGGUGGCACUGGUGGGCACAGGUGGGUGGCACUGGUGGGCACAGGUUGGUGGGCACAGGUGGGUGGCACUGCUGGGCACAUGUAGGUGGCACUUCUGGGCACAGGUAGGUGGCACUGCAGAGUGGCACAAGUGG